UAACCUAAAAAAAUAAUUCGAUUUCUAAACGAAGGCAAAAUAUUUAUAUUUUUUUUUAUUAAUAAAUAUUGUUUGAAGUCUACACAAACAAAAAUGGAAGACCCGAAAAUCGAGGAUUUAGAUUUGUAUGAAAUUCUGGAAAUUGAAACAACCAGCACAGUCGCAGAUAUCAAAAAAGCGUACAGGAAAAAGGCCCUUCAGUGCCAUCCUGACAAAAACCCGGAUAAUCCAAAUGCAGCGAAAGAAUUUCACCAGCUGUCCCGAAUUCUUGAAGUAUUGAUAGACGCAACUGCCAGAAAGGCAUAUGAUGCUGUCCUAAAAGGCCGUAAAGAAGCUGCGAUAAGACACAAGGAACUUGAUAGUAAAAGAAGAAAACUGAAAGAGGAUUUGGAAGCUCGUGAACGUCGUGCAGCCGCCAAUUAUAAAACGAAAUCUGCAGAUGAGAAACUGAAAGAAGAAAUUGAAAGGCUACGCAAGGAAGGUUCCAAACAAGUGGAAGAAGAGCUUGAGAGAAUCAGACAGGAAGUUUUGGAAGAACAAAAAGCUCAACUUGACGCUAACAAGUGUAGUGGUGCAAAUUACAGAAUCAAAAUCAAGUGGAACGUUGCUAAAGACGAUACAACAAAUGGGGGGUACAGUCAUGAGAACCUCCACAGAUUUUUGUCAAAGUAUGGUAAUGUGACCGCCUUAGUAUUGUCUCAGAAAAGAAUGGGUACUGCACUUGUUGAAUUUGAGGCAAGAAAUGCAGCAGAAAUGGCCGUGGAGAUGGAAGUAGGGCUCCCGUCCAAUCCUUUAAAACUCGAAUGGGUGAACCCACCCCCCGCACGUAAGGGUGCCGCCAGUUCCCUUGUGAAGCCCUCAGACUAUGAAAGUGUGGUACUGACAAAAAUGAGACAAGCAGAGGAGAGGCGGAGGCUGAUUGAACAGUUGAAAGCAGAGGAUGGAGAUGAUUAAAUUAUAAGAGAAAUAAACGUUUUAUUAUUUUGUAA